UUAUAUAAAUUCGCCUUGAUUUGUAUAAAUUCGUCUUGAUUUGUUCCAUAUUUUGUCUGCGUAUAGUCAACGUUGGUCGACGUUUUUAGAAAAUGGAAAAUAUUCCGCGUACUCACGAAGAUAUUGAGGCACAAAUUGCCGACAUUCAAACUAAGAAAAAAGAAAUCCAAAAAAGUACCACAACUGGCGUUGGAUUAUUGGACAGUGGAGGUUUCUAUGACACUGAUUUGUACGACGAGGCCGGCGGUAAAGGCAAACGUCGCUAUGAAGGAUAUAAUACAUCCAUUGCUGCUAAUGAUGAAAUGGAUGAAGAUGAAGACGAAGGAUUCCCAGUGCCACAAAAGCGUACGACUUACACGGCACCUACAUCUGUGUUAAAAGAUGUUACACAGGGUAAGGAAGAUGUUGAUCCUAUGGCUGAGAGGCGCCGCCCAACAAUAGCGGAUAGGGAAGAUGAAUAUAGGCAAAAGAGACGCCGCAUUAUUAUAUCACCCGAGCGAGCGGAUCCGUUUGCUGAUGGUGGAAAGACUCCUGACAUCGGAUCAAGAACAUAUCCGGAUAUUAUGCGUGAACAGUUGCUCAAAGGAGAAGAAAAUGAGCUUCGCAGAAAAAUACAAGAAAAAUCCAAGGACGGCACUUUGAUAAAAUCUUCAAAUGGGGAGGUUGCAAAAGAGACUACUACACGAAAACGUGGUCGUUGGGAUCAAACAGUGAGCGAAAGCUUUGUGCCCGCUAAAGCGGCAACAACUCCUAGUAGUGCGGCAACACCAACUUGGGAAGAUAAAACUCCCGGCGAUCAUCGUUGGGAUGAAACGCCAGGCCAUAAAGGCAGCGAAACACCGGGUGCUACGCCUGGUCUCGGAACACGCAUUUGGGAUGCAACACCUGCACAUCCAAUGACACCGAGCCAUGAGACGCCAGGUCACGAAAAAUCAGCACGACGUAAUCGUUGGGACGAAACUCCGAAAACAGAGCGCGAAACUCCUGGCCACAGCGGUUGGGCCGAGACACCAAAACCAGAUCGUGGUACAAGUGACAAUGUUGUCGCCGAAUCUACGCCGGGAGCUUCAAAACGUAGAUCGCGUUGGGAUGAGACGCCAUCGAAUGCCACACCUUCAAUGACACCAUCUUCGGCUAUGACUCCGAGCCUCACACCAACUAUGACUCCUCAUGCUACGCCAGGGCAUAUAACUCCACUCUUAACGCCCGGUGGCACCACACCCAUUGGCGUCAAGGCAAUGGCCAUGGCCACUCCAACUCCGGGUGCAUUGGCAGCUAUGACACCAGAACAACUUCAGGCAUAUCGCUGGGAAAAAGAAAUCGAUGAACGUAAUCGACCCCUCACAGAUGAAGAACUUGAUCAAAUGUUUCCACCAGGUUAUAAAAUAUUACCGCCUCCUGCUGGAUACGUGCCACUGCGCACACCUGGACGUAAAUUGAUGGCAACACCAACACCGAUAGCGGGCACACCCGCUGGAUUCUUUAUUCAAGUUGAAGAUAAGAAUGCCAAAUUCAUGGACAAUCAACCGAAAGGUCAAAAUUUGCCAUUUAUGAAACCGGAAGAUGCACAAUACUUUGACAAAUUGCUAGUAGAUGUGGAUGAAGACAGUCUUUCUCCAGAGGAAGCAAAGGAGCGUAAAAUAAUGAAAUUACUCUUGACUAUCAAAAAUGGUUCACCUCCAAUGCGAAAGUCAUCACUUCGGCAGAUAACAGACAAGGCGCGAGAAUUUGGAGCCGGUCCUCUAUUUAAUCAAAUCCUUCCAUUGCUUAUGUCCCCUACCCUGGAGGAUCAGGAACGUCAUUUACUUGUAAAAGUUAUUGACCGCGUACUAUAUAAGCUUGAUGACCUGGUGCGUCCAUAUGUUCACAAAAUUCUUGUUGUUAUUGAGCCACUGCUUAUAGAUGAAGAUUAUUAUGCCCGAGUGGAAGGUCGCGAAAUAAUCUCAAAUCUGGCAAAGGCGGCAGGUCUAGCUACUAUGAUUUCCACGAUGCGUCCCGACAUCGACAAUAUCGACGAGUACGUCCGUAACACAACAGCGCGUGCAUUUGCCGUUGUGGCAUCUGCACUUGGAAUACCGUCUUUGCUACCCUUUCUCAAAGCUGUAUGUAAAUCAAAAAAAUCGUGGCAAGCUCGCCACACCGGUAUAAAGAUUGUGCAACAAAUAGCCAUAUUAAUGGGCUGUGCUAUACUGCCACAUCUGAAAGCUUUAGUGGAAAUCAUUGAGCAUGGACUUGUGGACGAACAACAGAAAGUGCGUACUAUAACUGCUUUGGCCAUUGCUGCCCUAGCGGAAGCAGCAACGCCUUAUGGUAUUGAAUCUUUUGAUUCCGUUUUGAAACCCCUCUGGAAGGGUAUUCGUACACAUCGUGGCAAAGGUUUGGCUGCUUUUCUGAAGGCCAUUGGUUACUUAAUUCCACUAAUGGAUGCUGAAUAUGCCAAUUACUAUACCCGUGAAGUCAUGUUGAUUUUAAUCCGUGAAUUUCAAUCGCCGGACGAAGAAAUGAAAAAGAUCGUAUUGAAGGUAGUGAAGCAAUGCUGUGCUACUGACGGUGUAGAAGCUCAAUACAUUAAGGAAGAAAUUUUGCCGCAUUUCUUUAAGUUUUUCUGGAAUCAUCGAAUGGCCUUGGAUCGCCGUAAUUAUCGCCAACUUGUGGAUACUACUGUAGAAAUCGCCAAUAAAGUAGGCGCUUCUGAAAUAAUUAAUCGGGUGGUUGAUGAUUUAAAAGAUGAAAACGAACAGUAUCGAAAGAUGGUUAUGGAAACCAUAGAGAAAAUUAUGGGAAAUUUAGGCGCAGCAGAUAUUGAUUCACGUUUAGAAGAACAGCUUAUCGACGGAAUACUUUACGCUUUCCAAGAACAAACCACCGAAGACGUGGUAAUGUUAAAUGGAUUCGGUACAAUUGUAAAUCAGCUCGGAAAGCGAGUUAAACCAUACUUGCCACAAAUUUGCGGUACUAUCCUUUGGCGUCUAAAUAAUAAAUCGGCUAAAGUGCGUCAACAAGCUGCUGAUUUAAUAUCGCGCAUCGCCAUAGUAAUGAAAACAUGCCAAGAAGAAAAGUUGAUGGGUCAUUUGGGCGUUGUGUUAUAUGAGUAUUUGGGUGAGGAAUACCCAGAGGUUUUGGGUAGUAUUUUAGGUGCCCUUAAAGCAAUUGUUAAUGUCAUCGGUAUGACGAAAAUGACCCCACCCAUUAAGGACUUAUUGCCGCGUCUAACACCUAUUCUGAAGAAUCGUCAUGAGAAAGUACAAGAGAACUGCAUUGAUUUGGUAGGAAGAAUUGCCGAUCGCGGACCAGAAUAUGUAUCAGCACGCGAAUGGAUGCGUAUUUGUUUCGAGUUACUUGAACUUCUAAAAGCGCAUAAGAAAGCGAUUCGUCGCGCAACAGUCAAUACUUUUGGAUAUAUUGCCAAGGCAAUUGGCCCACAUGAUGUACUAGCCACUCUGCUAAAUAAUUUAAAAGUUCAAGAGCGACAAAAUCGUGUAUGCACAACAGUAGCCAUUGCUAUUGUGGCCGAAACUUGUCGACCCUUCACAGUUCUCCCUGCAUUGAUGAAUGAAUAUCGCGUACCCGAAUUGAAUGUACAAAAUGGCGUACUUAAAUCCCUAUCUUUUCUGUUUGAAUAUAUUGGGGAAAUGGGCAAAGACUAUAUUUAUGCAGUUUGCCCUUUGCUGGAGGACGCGUUAAUGGAUCGCGACUUGGUUCAUCGACAAACUGCUUGCGCUGCUAUUAAGCAUAUGGCACUCGGCGUAUAUGGCUUCGGGUGUGAGGAUGCAUUAAUUCAUUUGCUCAACUAUGUAUGGCCUAAUAUUUUUGAGACUUCGCCCCAUUUAGUUCAGGCUUUUAUGGACUCUGUAGAUGGCUUACGGGUUUCGCUGGGACCUAUUAAAAUUUUGCAAUAUACACUGCAAGGACUAUUUCAUCCGGCACGGAAAGUGCGUGAUGUUUACUGGAAGAUCUAUAAUUCUCUUUACAUUGGAGGACAAGACGCAUUGAUUGCAGGUUAUCCAAGGAUAACUAAUGACCCAAAGAAUCAAUAUGAAAGAUAUGAGCUGGACUAUAUGCUUUAAAAGAACCUGACGGAAAAGAUAAAAGCAACAUUUUUUUUUAAUUUUAUUACAAACUAUGUAGCCGUAUAAUGUUUUUAGAUGUAAAAAUUCCGAACAAUUAUAUAGAAAUAGUUACAAGCAUAUGUAUACAUACUUAUUUCGCUUACCCCCCUAUUAUGAAUUUCCGUACGAUAGACGAUAACCGCUUGCAAGCGUAUCGUAGAAAUUAGUUUUGGUAUUAUUCUUUUCAUACGCCCGACACACGCCUGACAGAUCUAUUAUUUUGAGUGUCUGUGGUUUUUUUAUCGUUAACCAAAACAUUGGUUCGUAAUAGGGGAUAACAGAAUGUAAGCGUUUAUUGUGCAUCGUACGAAUUCAUAAUAGGGGGGUUAGAAUUAAUAUUAAAAAAAAAGAAUCAGAUUUGAUAAACUUUAUAAAGUCAAAUUUUCAUAUAUCGCUCGCUUAGAUUGUUGCUAAGUUCCAAUUUAAAAAUUUUAGAGGAGGAAAAAACGUAUAGCUAUUUUCUUCAAGUAUUUCGCAAAAGUUUAAAUACAGCAUUUUGCCUGUUCAACGAAAAGCAAAACUCCAUACGAAUCAGAUAGAUUUUUGGUGCUUCUUUUUUUUUACUUAGCAAAUUUCCCUUUCAUUGAAUAUAAACGAGAGUAAAUAGAACAAAUGCCUUUAUUCUUUUCGAAACAAUGCAUUUUAAGUUUAUCUAGCCGCCUAUAUCAAAAUAUGAGUUUUCGUAAAAAGUGGACUUACCAACUUUUUACUCUAAGCUAGCGAUAUGUAUUUUCUUUAUUUAUAAAGCAUGUUCAAGCGCGGUUGCAACAAUCAAUUUUAAAUUUAUCAGCCUGUUAAAAUUUGAAGUUGAUUGGCGAAACUAGGGAUAAAUCUGUUUAAAUUUUUUGCUUUUUUAUUUUUUUAUCUUUAAAAUUGAUCCGAAUUUUUUCCCAUGUUAUGCUACAUGUAUUUACCUUUAAUUAAUUUGCAUUCUGUCAUUCGUCAUCGUUUUUACACUAUGGUUUCCAGAUGAGUUAAAAAUUAGACUAUUUCAGUUAACAGUCCAAUUCUACGCCCACUGCUGUAUCAACAACCACAGCUUCAUAUUCUUUUGAAGCUGCAUUUUUCAAUCUAUCAGGCAUGUUCUGAAAAUCUUACGAUUCUUGAAUAUUUGUAAUGAAAGCAAUAAAUAUUUCUAAGAGAAACUGCUAAGAACGCAUCAUUUA